CUCAAAAGAUCAGCUCCUUAAUUUUACACAUCGGUGAAAAUUCUUCCAUUGGAAAGAGUCUACUCUGUUACACAUUUUUAGUGCUUAAAAGAAUCCAGAUGAAGCCGAGUUGUUAGAAACAUUACAGGACUUUUCAUCGUCGAUUGUCUCAGAGAAUAUCGUGUUGUCUUUACUUUGUGUUACGAUUUGACUUUUAAGAGACAGACUAACAUCUUAAGCCUGAAAUACGGAAUCAGCGACCAUUGAGACGAACUGGCAUCAAACUUGCUUAUUGAGAUCGCUUCUGGGUGACUGCGCGGUCUAAAGAGUCGUUGUUUUGAGUUCAGCUCUUGAUGAUGGUUAUUGGAUGCCUUGCUUUGCUACGGAUGAUUAACGUUCAAGCUGUUUCUACACAGUGAAAUAAUCAUGAGGACACUCAAAAUCGGGGCUUAUGAAAGAUUCAAGCCAAUUUAUUAAUGAAAGGCGAGUAAAAAUCAAACUGGACUCAAGUAAGGCUGAGUUAUCACGCGCAAAUUACCAGCAACUGAAAUAUCAUCAAAGCAGCUUACUUGGUUCUAGAGGACUUAUUAAACAUCCCUCCUUUAUCACCGAGAUUCAAAGAAUUUUAGUCUAAGAUCAUUAAGAUUACUUUAGUUGUUUAUCCAAGAGCAAGCGAGUUGUUGAGCAUCUAUUGUGUAAAGCAUGCCAUUAUCCGGUAUUAUUCUUAUCAUUGGAAUAUUACUUGGAAUCACGACACUUGUUGGUAUCCUUGGUAACAUCUCCGUGUGUCUCGUGGUGUUUUGGAAUCACUCUAUGCGGAACCAACUGCAUCUGCUGUUAGUCAAUUUAGCGAUUGCUGAUGUUGGAAUGUCGGCGUCUUGCAUGCCUUUUGCUGUAGCAACAGUUCUCUUCCAUGAAAAGACCAUCGAUAAAUCUUUUUGUUACUUCAACGGUUUCAUAAACACACUUUUCGCUAUGGCCAGCGUGCUUACAAUAUGUUCGCUGUGUGUUUUCCAGUACGUUUCUGUCGUUUUACCAAUGAACAAGUCUCUCACUAACUUCCGCUGCCUCGUUAUGGUGCUAUGCGCAUGGAUUACUUCCAUAUUCCUCGCCACUGGGCCCGCGAUACAAUGGGGACGCUACGAAUUCACCUCAAACAUUUUCAACUGCGAAUACUACCACUCAACAAACAGAGCAGAUAUUUCGUACAACAUAACUCUGAUGUUUUGCGGUUAUUUAUUUCCUUGUGUUUUUAUGAUUUUUUCUUACGUUAGUAUUUUACAAGCGUUGCAUGAACACCAAUCGCGUAUGGCAGUGACGUCAUCCAUCUCACCAGCACCGGUCGCAGGCGCGCCCGUUACCUUGGAAACAAAACUGCGUAUGACUAUGUCAAUUGUGAUUCUAACAUUUCUAGUUUGCCGGACUCCGUUUUUCGUCUUCUUGAUUAUCACAACCAAAGAUUUGGAACAUCCGCCCGAUUUUUUAGGGCAGUUAUCUUUUUGGGCGAUUUACUUGCAUAGCGCAUGCGAUCCUUUUAUUUAUGCAUUCAAACACCCUGAAUUUCAAGAUACAUUGAAAGAUAUAGCAAGAAAGUUCAGACUGGCGAUCAUAAGUACUUUUUGCUGUUGCAUGUCCAAAGUUACUGUUGAGGAAGAAACGAAAGAAAAACGAUAACAUUGAAGCCAGGCCACAGAAAUCACUAGAAGACUCUACUGCUGGCUAUAGUCCCUAACAUAUUUUCGUUUUUGCUCGACUAUCUAGAUGUCAGGUGGCAGAAUAUUGGGACAUUUACGAAACUUUAAAUCCUACUUCUACGCGUUUGAUACUUACAAGAGUUGAGCGGGAAUCUUUAAGGCGGUGUAAGCGUGUUUUAAUAAUAUACAUUAUUGACCAAGCGUGAGGUCAAGAUGGCUGGAUGUUAGCCUCGUUCUCAGUUGCCUCGUUCUCAGUUGCUUCGUUCUUUUUUUCCCCAUUUUCAUGGACCGAGACGCCAAAAAAGAAGCCAGCUAAUAUCCAGCCAUCUUGUCCUUACGCUUGGUAAACAACAAAAAAAAAUUGAAAAAAAGUUAAUAAAGCCAGUUUUUAGAGGUAUCCGUUGCAGUCUCAAAACGAAACGGGAUUAAAUAUUUUAUUCAUUUCCGCUUUGCGUAACACCCUACAUAUUAAACAUUUCAUUCAUUUUGUA